CCGAUCACUUAAUUCCUGAGUGUAGAUUCUUUAGCUAGCUAUCUAUACAAAGUUGUCAUCUUAAGUUAGAGAGAUGUCCACCAUUACAGUCUACCUUUUGCUCUCACUGUCUGUGCUGAGCACCAUCAAUGGACAAGGUCAGAGCUGCCUUGAUGGAUUUGCUUCAGUGACUAACAACACCUGUACAUCAUCAUCAUGCCCCUUCCAGGGGUUAACUGGUAACUCACGGCAACUACAACUCUUCCCUUCCAUGAGGAUUACUUGUAAUGGGAUGCUAGUGGGAUUGUCUGUAGCAGGAGAGACUCGAAAGGCAGGAAAUAGCAAUUACCCUAUUCUGCAGAUUUGGAGACCCACUGGCCCCAUGUCCAAUGACUAUGAGAAAAUCAGUGAAUACAUGUACACAUUCCCAAACGUUGGAUGCACCCAGACUAACAAUGUCUGGCAGUGUACAGUCAGUCCAUCCAUUGACGUUGAGGUGGGAGACAUCAUUGGAAUCAAUCUCCCUCGCAAUCAUAUGAACUUCGCAGCAUUUGGAAUUUACUUUACCCCAUCAUCUUUUACCAGCUACAUACUAGGCAGUACAACAGCCUCAACAUUCUCAGUACCUGGAUCUACUACUGCCAGUGCUCAACCUGUGCUUACUCUGAACAUUCAGGAACAAGUCACUGAGGCCACUACUCUUGAACCGACAACACAGGCCUCAACUACUGAACAAGCGUCCCCUUCUACACCUUCUAGUGAUCCCCCAGCAGCCACUGGAGAUGGCUCUACAGGUUCACCCCCAGAGGACACCUCCGUCUCUUCUGUUGCAACCAGUACUAGUACCAGUACUAAUGGAGAUGUCUCCACAACUCCACCCCAGGAUGACACUUAUGUCUCUUCUGUUGCAGCCACGAGUGCUCAUACCGGUACUCCCUCUAUGAUACAGGUUGAUGCAACUACCACUACCGCCAGUGCUAGCGGAGCUAGUUCAAAGAAUCAGACUGGAACAGAAGCCGUUGUAAUUGUCCUAAUACUCUUACUGCUCCUUGCUCUAGGAACUGUGACUGUUGUUCUGAUUCUAUAUUGGAGGAAACACAGACGCAAUGCGAGGAUAAAGACUCUACAAUUUCAAGGCACUGGGUCUACUAGGAGCAAUGCAAUUGGAAUGAGAAUAUUAACCACUGACUCCAAAAUAGAACCAUUACUGGAACGAAAGUCUCUUGAUGAGUUGGAGACGGAUAAGCUGCACUAUGACUACGUGGUGGACAGCCAGUAUUCAAUGAUUACCACCAGUCAAAUGUACGAGGCCCCAGGCCCAGACCUGUCCAGUGAACCAGAGUAUCAGUACGCCACUGUUGAAGCUACUACCCCCUCACGACUGAACCAGAACCGUACUGGUCCAGUAGCAGACCGUGCGGUGGACUGGGGUGUGGUCGUACCCUCGCUGGAACAGAGACAGCUGUACAACACUAUGAGGUAUGAAUGCUCACCCUUGAGCGAAAGUGAAAGCAUCUACGAUGUUAUCAAGUCGAACACACUGCAACAGGAGCAGUUGUCCUUCUUUGAAGAGGCGGACGUCUACUGGGCGCCUUCAUCAGACGCUAAAGAGCUGUAUAAGCAACUCUCCUUGAAGAGAUACCGGGAAAUCCUCAGACAGAGUGUCCAGAUUGUCGAUGUGUUAGGCAGUGGAGCGUUUGGUACUGUUAGUCAGGGUGUGUGGCAGAGCCCGGGGGGAGCCAUGGAGGUGGCCAUUAAGACCAACCAGAGCAAAGAGGAGGGAGACAGAAUCAAGUUCCUCCAGGAGGCGGCCAUCAUGGGUCAGUUUAGACAUCCCAAUAUCGUGAAGCUGAUAGGAGUGGUCACAUUGGGAGAGCCGGUGAUGAUAGUUCUUGAGCUUCUAUCAAAUGGUGAUCUGCACAAGUUUCUAAACAAAAUGAGACCACGGCCGAAUGGAAUGGUACCUUCCAGCACUCCCAAGCUCUUAUUGGGCUUCUGCAAGCAAGUAUCUUGUGGGAUGAAGUACUUGGCUGAGAAAGGUUUUGUUCACAGGGACCUAGCAGCUCGAAAUGUCCUCCUGUCCCAGGACAAAUGUUGCAAGAUCAGUGAUUUUGGUAUGUCACGUGAUCUGAUGGACGAGAGUUACUAUGUGUCUCAGGGAGGCAAGAUACCAGUCAAGUGGACAGCCCCAGAGGCGCUCUAUUACAGUAAAUACUCGACAGCCAGUGAUGUGUGGAGCUUUGGUUGUGUCAUGUACGAGAUAUGGAGUCUGGGGCACAAACCAUUUGAAGCUUUCUCUAACAACGAAACGUUGCGGAAGGUUGAGAAGGGUCUUCGACUGCCCCCUCCUCCCGGCUGCUCUAGAGAGCUGUACAAAGUUAUGAUAGCAUGUUGGAAUCCUGACUCCUCUGAGCGUCCAUCCUUCCCCCAGCUGGUAGAGAAGCUCUCUCAUGCUGACUUUGAGUUGCUUCUCUGGAAGAGUGAGGAUAUUGGGGUGGGGCCUAAAGUCUCGUUGGUGGGGUCUCCACUGAAGGCUGGACAACAUCUCUACAGAGACUUGCAAUUGACUUACUUGACAUCUCCGAAUGUAGUUUUGGAUUGGUUUGCUUAAAAUUUUUUCACAUUGUUUUUGAUUUGUUUGUACGUUUGACUAGUUUCUACAGCUGCAAAUAUAUUUCCCACUUUUUUGUAAUCCUCUUUAUAAGGAAUAACUCCUCUGGA